CGUCUGUCUGAAUAUUUAGCAAUUUAUUGAUUUCGAUAUGACCAAUUCCGAGUUCCAGGCUGUGGUUUUGGCUGCCGGUCGAGGCACGCGUCUGCCCGAAGUCCUCGGCGAUGCGCCCAAGUGCUUGCUACCGGUGGGGCCCUUUCCGCUUUUGUGGUAUCCACUGAAUAUGCUGCAACAACACAAUUUUUCCGAGGUUAUUGUGGUGGUUGUGGAGCAGGAGAAGCUAGAAAUUCAAUUGGCCCUAGAGAACACGCCGCUGAAACUGAAGGUUGACUAUGCCACAAUUCCUAGCGACAGUGACUUCGGCACAGCGGACAGCCUGCGGUACAUAUACGAUAAGAUCAAAUCGGACUUUAUUGUUGUGAGCUGCGACAUUGUCAGCAACGUGAGCUUGUACCCGUUGAUCAACAAGUUCCGCGAACACGAUGCCGCGCUGGCGCUCCUUCUGUUCAAGAGCGGCUUCGAGUCGGAUGUGGUCAUGCCGGGCCCAAAGACCAAGCACAAGCCGGAGCGUGAUUUGAUUGGAGUUCAUUCGGCUACACAACGUUUGGCCUUUCUGACCGCAGCCAGCGACUGCGAGGAGACGCUCAACAUCCAGAGGCAUUUACUGAAGAACAAGGGACAGCUGGAUGUCUACAGCCGUCUGUCAGAUGCCCACAUCUAUGUGUUAAAGAAGUGGGUCAUCAACUAUUUACAAAGGAAGGAAAAUAUCUCAACGUUCAAGGGAGAGUUCCUACCGCAUCUUAUCAAAAAACAGCAUACCAAGCGGCCUGCCAAGGCUGUUCAGGAUACUACCUCUGAGGUGGGUCUGGUUACCAAGCUCGAGGACAGCAUUCUUCAUUACGUCCCACACACAGCUCUGGAUCAGAAAAUCACGCAGACGUCGCUGUUCAAUCAAUCGCUGUCGCAUGUUCCCUAUCACGGUGACAUUGUACGCUGCUAUGCCGUCCAGGCCCCAAAAGAUGCCAUCGGAGUGAGAGUGAACAGCACGCUCAGUUUUCUGGCCAUCAACCGGAAGUUGGCCAGUAUUUGGAACGAUCUGUGUGGCGAAACGCAUCCGCUGAUCGCACCUGGCGCUUUGGUUAAGUCUACGCAAACGAAAGAAAUCAUAGCGGCGGACAACGCCAAGCUGUCGGAAAAGACCUCUUUGAACUAUAGUGUUUUUGGACCCAAUUGUGUCAUCAAUCCGAAGAACAUUGUGAGCAACUCCCUCGUCUUGUCCAACGCCAUUGUGGAGGAGGGCUGCAACAUAGACAACUGCAUUGUUGGACAUCGGGCGCACGUGAAGAGCGGCUCCGUGCUAAAGAACUGCAUCAUCGGGCCCAACUACGUCGUGGACGAGGACACCAAGAGCACGGCGAUGCAUCUGUCCAACGCCGACCAGUACAUGGAGAUAGACAUACAAUGAGGAGCUAACUUAAAUGUGGCUUCCUUUAUUAACGAAUUGAGUUAGAAGGCGGAUUCUUCUAGCAGGACAUUAAAUAUUACGAAUAGGUACACAAAA